UUGUGCUGCAUCACUUUUAUUAUGUGAAGCUGCUAGUUCGAUUAAAGGAAAUGAAAAAUUCCAACGCCAAAUCGAAUUUUCUCACUUAACUGCGAUUCUUGUAUCAAAUAAACGAAAACGAUUUCUCAUUCAAAUAAGUCUUUUCGUUUCACUUCAAUCCGUUAAUAUCGCUUCAAUAUUGUUAUCCGCACAAUCAAUGGAUACGCUAUUGAUAUCGUUAUUUGGAAAAACAUGUGGAUUAGGUAUAUCUCCUAAAAGUGGUUUCUACUGUAUAAAUCAACAAGGUGACUAUAAUAGUCCGUUUGGAACGAAUUACAUGGUCGCGACUUUGGGAUUCGUUAAUCCUAAAGUUCCAAUUCAAAAAUCCGUAUUUUACUCUACAUCGAUUUCGACUAUAAUUUAUAUUUUACUUGGACUUAUUGGUGGAAUGACGUUUCAAAUAGAUCCAAACUCUGAUAUUAUCAUUGUUAUUAAUAAGUCUGAUCAAAAAAACUGGUUAACCAUUGCUAGUACUUAUAUCUUUCCGGUUGCAGUAUUAAUAACAAGUAUUCCUGUAUAUACAAUUGUUAUCCGAUAUAAUUUAAUUCGGUCAGGACAUUGUAAAAGAGGAUUAGCAACAUUUCUUUCAUCAGUAUUACCAUGGAUCGUUGUAAUGCCAUUUCAAACCGGACAUUGGCUUAAUGAGUUUGUAAAUUGGUCAAAUUUAAUUUUUACAAGUGUUAGCAACUUUAUUGUUCCAUUCUAUCUAUACUAUUUGAGUCAGAAACCAAAUAAAAUUGAAGCCAGUGCUAAACGAAAAACUUCAGUCAAGAGCAACAAAAGCGAUAAGAGCUUUAAAUCUAUCAAAGACUGGUUAAACUCACAAGUAAUAGCUAAAGAGAGAUUACGAGAUAAAACUGAUGCAGCGGUUGGAAUCCUAAAUAAUGAUGAUUUUUUGAGACCGGAUACUCCAAAUAGCCUAUACACAUCUUUCAAUGAUCAACUUCAUGUACCAGGACGUCGAAUAGUAUCUGCUCCACCCACAACAUCGAAAUCUGAAUCACUCGAUGUAGGAAGUCAUAGUCGUCCUGCUGCAUUAAGUCUCCAAAUGCCACCUUCACUUGUACAUUGUUCAUCUUUAAGUUGUCGUGUAUCACCUCCAAGUUUAGAAUAUAAUCCACCAACCAACAUACCCACAAUUACGGUACAAGAAGAAGUUAGCAAUCAAGAUGUUAUCGUCGAAUUAGAAAGAUCAAAUUCAGGAUCACGUUCAGUAUCUAAUUCUGUAUCUGAUAAAAGUCAAAGCGAAAAAAGUGAUUCAAUAAUACUCGAUACACCGCUGGAUCGGUUUAAAGCUUUCUCAAUACCAGAUAAAAUGCGAAUAUGGAUUGCAUAUGUUUGUGCAUCAGGUUCACUUUUAUUGGUGAUUUCAGUUAUCUUUUAUGAUUUAUUCGAAUUAGGACUUGGGC